AUCACGGACAAUAACUGUCCAGAAAAAUGAUGUUUGUGUCUGGAUUUCUAGUCAGUGACUUUUUCGCUAUUGGAUACAUAAAACAAAUGGUGUUCUGUUUUUGCAAGAACACUGGUCGGCGCAUUCGUAACAAACAGAACUGUAGCUCAAUAUUUAAAUUGUGGCAGUUUUAAUUGUUCCGUGUGUAAAAGGCGAUUAAAAGUUAUUUUGAUAAUUAAAAGUAUGUAUUGAAUUUUCCGCUUACAAUGAUAUACAUUGAAGCACGUGUGCUCGUGAAGAUGCGAUUCAGCUCUUUCCUCUUGUUCAUUUAGGAGGAUUUAAAGUGUGGAAUUUAACAUGGCUCAAAAGGGAAUACAUUACUAUGACCGAAGAAAUUCACACACAAACGAGGCUUUUGUGAGAGCUGUGUCAAAGGUCAAAACCAUCAACAAGUUCAGGGUCAAGCGGUCAGUGUCCGAUUUUGGUCUCCACAGAAAAGAAGAUGGAAAUUACAGUUCCUUGAUUACAGCUGAAAAAGAGAAAUGGGAAAAAGAGAGGAAUGAACUCAAAAGCAAGAUUGAAGAGUUAGAAGCCUUUAAAAGAAAGUAUGAAGAGGAAAAACAACACAAAGAGAAGCUGCAGCGACAAGUGGACAGCUUAACAAUUAGCCUGAGCGAUGUCAACCAAAAGCUGAGUAAAGCUGGUGAACUCAAUGAACGACUACGGCUCGAUGGUAAAAAGAAAACGGAGCAAAUUGAAAAGCACCAGAGAGAUGGACGAUUCUUGGAGGAUCGGCUCAGAAAUCUGGAAAUAAGAGCUUCUGAAGUUGAAAAGGCUGAAUUAAUUCUAGAAACAACUCGAUCAAAUUUAGAAUCCACUACUACUCAGCUUCGCAGCCGAGAAAAUCAGAUCCGAAAAAUGGAGGCUGCAGAGGAAGAACUCAACAAAAAACUCACGUUAGCCAAUCAGAAAAUCAGUGAACAAGAAGCCAAAAUAAUCGAUCUCAAUCACCAAGUCCGACAUGAAUUAACAAGAAAUGAAGGAAUAGAAAAGAAUUUGGAAAUGAUUCCAAAACUAAAAGAGCAAAUAGAGGAGAGAACAAAAGAAGUGGAAUCCUUGAGGACAGAAGUCCAGGACAAAACGGCCCUGCUGGCCGUGGCUCGUAAAUCCGCAAGGGAAUACAAAGACCAAAUCAGGGCAAUGGAGUAUAAAGUGGCCAAGACAGAGAAACUGGAGUCAGAGCUGGACAUGGCCCAGUGUGAGGUCCAAACUCUGAAGAGAUUGUUACAGGGGAAGGACCAUCUGGUGAUACAGAAAUCCAAGGCUCUCGACGUGGCCAAGGAUGUGAUAGAGACAAUGAAUUUGUCGACAGAGCCAGAACAAAUUGACAAGAUAGUUCUUUUACUGGAAAGGAUAGGGACCACCUCAAACAGGGAGUCCAUCAACGGAAGUAUAUGUGAGUCUUCCAGUGGAGAAACAGACAAUAGAAACAAGCACCAUUUCAUACACCCUAAGAACAAGGCAAAGGAUAUAGAUGUUAAUAGAAAUCCAUACUCAUCUGAUCACAAUAAUGUAAAAAAUCGCCGACGACCUUUGUCUGGGGGAGGGUUUCUGGAUAACAUGCUAAGGGAGGACUCCUCACGACCAAAGACAGCCAUAGUGAGGCCAGUCAAGCGUAGCCAAUCAUUGAAAGAUGCCGUACCUAUCAAAGGACUCUCUCUCAUUGUUAAUGGACGACCCGAGUCACGGUCCAAUGAUCUCAGAUACUCAAGUGAGAAAAAGACAAAUUCAAAAUACCAGCCAUCAGUGGACUGUAUUAUUGGUGUACAAGACAAAACAACACUCAGGUCAGGAUCUCGACCGAGUGCUUCUCCAAGGUCUCCAUCAUGGAAUUCAAGCAAAAGUAGGUCAGAGAACUCCAUGAGUCUACAGUCUGAAAAUUCAUCAGACAGCUCAGACUCGGAAGAGAACUCAAAAACUGUGGAAGUUUUGUCUAAGUUACCAGCUAAGGAAAGGGAGGCAAUCCUUGUACAGUAUAUUGAUGUGGGGGACCGUAUUGUUAUUGCAGUGCCUCAGAAACCUCCAAGAUAUGGCAAAAAAAUUGUGCCCAAACCCAAAAUAUACACAGGAAUAGUAAAGUACAGGGGUCCUUUAGAACAAAAGUAUAAUUCCAGGAUCUAUGUAGGGGUACGACUCGAUGAACCAGAUGGGGAUACAGAUGGGACACAUAAAGGAAAGCGCUACAUGUACACCCCAUCUGACCUGGGAAAGUUCUUUAAACUCAUUGAUCUGACUUCAGUCCUAGACCCAAAGAAAGGGAAGUACAGAGUAAUUACCUCAAUAUUAGCACAUCACCUUGAUAGAAAAGGGAAGGUGGAUAAACAUGUUUCUGUGGAGAGUUAACUUUAUACACAUGCUGUAGUAGAUUCCAGCUUUUAUCUUCACUCAGAAACACUGUGACAAAAGUGAAUGCUUCACAGAAAUUGAAUUUUCUCAAUAUACACUGUACAAUGCAUUUUCUUAUGAUGAUAUGAUCAGUGCACAGGCCAGGACCGGAGGUCUUAAAUUACUUCUGCUUCGUAUAGAGCAGAGUGCCUGACUUAGGACUUGUAUAACUUAUUAUUGUUCAUAAUAUUAAAGAAAACUGAAAGCUUCCUGUGAUAUAACAGUUUAUUGUAUUUUUUUUAUACAAUGCUGUAUGAAUAUUUAUUAGACAUCAAUAUUUAUUAAAAAUUGAUAUACAGUG